AGGCAACAUUUGCUGUCUCUGUCGUGCGCGCGCUCUCAUUAAGCAUUUCCCACACAUAUCGUCCAAAUUUAUCGAUAUUUUGGUGGAUAUGUGUACUCCAGAACGCACACUGCCCAUUAUAUAUCCAUGAGCGGACGUGACGAGAGUAUGUGACACAUUCAGUUGUGUGUGCAUUGUGUGUAAAUAAGAUUAUACUUGAAAUAUCAUAAAUAUAUUGUCUAUAGUUUGAAAACGGUCGACCGACGACGACGAACGAUUCGACGUAAUAUAUAUUCAAUUAGAAUGAUAUGUUCAUCGCAAUGAAUACAUAUAUAUGAUAAAAUAGCAUAGAAAUUGAAUCAGUGCCAUAUAUUUUGUUUUACUGUGGUUUUCUUCGUUCAUUCAUUCGCAAAAUUGCACGUACAGAAGCAGUGAAUUGACGACGAGCAGUUAUCAUUUGAUAAUACGCAUUUAGUCCACGAGUUCGCUUGAUAAGUGAAAGUAUAAUAAUUCCGUAUUAACACGAGAUGAAGUGCUACUGAAAAUUUACGUCAAAUCGAAUGAAUACAAAAACCAAUUAUCUAUCAUAAAUUCUACGAUUUGGAAAAAAAAGAGAAAGGUUAAAGACAAACAUUGAAUCAAAUCAAAAUAAUUUUUUCUAGUGUUGGUGUCUUGGAUUCGUUUACGUGUAUCGUUUUUUGUUGUUGUGUGAAACGUGUUUCAAUGUUCGAUUGAUUUGCAGCUUGGUAUCGAAAUUGAAGAAAAUAGCGUAGCAAUUGACAAUGGGAAAUUCGAGUACAAAACUAGCGGAGAGAUGCGCUCUACUCUCGAAAGAUGAAGUUCCACUUGUGGCGAGCUCAUUUAAAUUGGUUAGCAAGAAUUCGGAACGCAUAAAGGAAGAUGACUUAAUGAAAUUUUGGGGAUCGCAAAUGGAUCCACGCUUAGCGCAGUACAUAACGAAUUUCUUAUUUGGAGAGCCAGCAAGUCGAGCGAAUAUUGUGGAGUUUCAACGAUUUGCCGAAUUGUAUGUGUUUUCGGUGCGUGGUUCCGUUGACGAACGGAUUGGUGUGUUAUUAGCCAGCGUCGGACAAACCGAUUCAGAGAAUGCAGAGAUAGCAUAUCCGUUGAUCAAAGAGUAUGUUGAAGCUGUUGUAAGUAGCUAUAUGCGUGCACUUAGACUUGACGGUGGCAUUGAGUUUAAAUCAUGGGAGGGCAAAGGUUUUCGAAUUGUCAAAGAAUGCAUACAAAAACUGGCGGAGAGUUUAGCAUCGGAGGCUGUGCAACAAGGUUCACAGAAAGUGACACGCGUCGAUGCGACACGAUGGCUUCAAGAAACACCAACUUUCGUUAAAAUGUUGGAAUACGUCUUCUUGCAUCUGUACCAUUAUCGGCCGUCAUCGAAGAAUCAACAUGACGACGCCCACAAUUCGAAACGCAGAUGCAUUAUUCCCGAAUGCAAUAAACUAUUGCCAUAUUGUGAGGGACUUCAAUACGUGCCAGAUUAUCCAGCAUUUACCGACAUUUCGCAAAUGCUUUUCAUCAACUCAAAUCUGCCGGGUGACUAUCGCCACAAAUGGCGGUUUUUAUUCUCGUCACAAAUUCAUGGCGAAAGCUUUUCCACGCUUAUGGGACGAAUCGUCGAUCAAGGCCCGUGUGUAAUCAUUAUUGAGGAUACCAAUGGGUCAGUUUUUGGUGGCUUUGCAUCCGAAUCAUUGAGCUAUGGUCCGCUCUUUCGUGGCAAUGAUUCGGCUUUCUUGUUUACGCUUCGACCGAAGAUGCGAUGUUUUACAACGAGCGGAUAUAACGAUCAUUAUCAGUACCUUAACUUACAUCAACAAACAAUGCCAAACGGAUUGGGAAUGGGCGGUCAAUUCAAUUAUUGGGGUCUUUGGCUGGAUAAUGAAUUUGGCCAGGGUGAAUGUUCGGAGUCGUGUACGACUUUCAAGAACUAUACUCAAUUAUCUGCCAAUAAAAAAUUCGAAAUUCGAAACAUCGAGGUGUGGGCAGUGGGCAAAAAGCCGAAGAAAGAAUCUGUAAGCGAUCGAUGGUUUUGGAUCUUUUUUUGUUUUUCUCAACUUUCAACGAUUGCAUUAUUUUUCAUCAUUCAUUUACUGCAACAUUUUAUGUUGCUAAUUCUUUGCAUUUCUCUCCGUUUUUUUUUUUGCAUCUUAGGAGGAUGGAGAGCCGCGAGAUUCAAUUUUGGAGGGUCAUCUUGAGGACAAAGCUGUUAUGGAAAUGGCUGGCCGUGGACGUUAUUCAGAAGGUUAUCGUGACAACAAACCAACUGAUAUCGAGUUCCAGAACUAAGAUCGGCAAAUUGAUAUUAUUGACUAUGUGCAGCACCAAAAAUAAUCAACCCGUUGAUUUACUAUGCAUAGUACUUUAACCGAUUUGCUUGGUUUAUUUUUUAAUACACACAAAACACCCCCGUCUUCUGGUGUCAUUUCAUCUUUAACGAUUUCAUUUUGUGUGCAAUUUGCUGGGCAAAAUGUGCCACGAAUCUGUGUGAAUUUUUAUUUUGUAAUAUCUCUAUGAAUUUUAAUUUAAAAAAAAAUGUUUUUAACCAUUUACGUAAUAGCUUGAUCAAAAAUUUGAGAAACAAUCAGAAGUUAUCACAUAAAGUAAAAUUAUUUAUUGUGUAGCCAUUUUAUCGCUAAGUUUAAAAAAAUUAAAGAGCACAAUGUCUAUCAAAACUAUGUAAUGAUAUUCAGUGCCAUCCCAGUUAAUAAUACCCAGGCAAAUUCCAGAGAAAUUCAAUUAAAAAUAAGAUUUUUCUGUCUGCAAAAUAUGUUGCUCAUUUGUAUUGUGCAAUUUUUUUUCUUAAAUUUUACUCAAAUAUCAUCUCAGCUUUAUGAAAGUUGCUUUUAUUUAUAUCGCAACUUCAACUCAGAAAUAACCACGAAAAAAUAUCGCACACACUUUUAAGUUUUGUGUAGAAAAAGAGAAGGAAAAAAUAAUACGCUCCAUUGAAAUGUAUUUCCUGCGAAUUGUUAUGUGAACAAUGUGAUACAAUUUAACGUUUUAACUGAGAAGAGAAAAUAUAAAAAGAAGAGAGGAAAAAAAAAAUUAUUAAAUUUUCAACACAAACUGUACUAUUGUGAGGACUAAAGCUAUGCAAAACCUCUUGAAAAAUGUUUAUUAAACGUAUGCCCUUUUGAAAUUCCAAAUAAAAAACCAUAGAAAGAAAUAAAAA